GAUCCUCGAGCGUGCGGUCCAGAGAGUCCCAGUCCAGCGGCGGCCGAGUGUCCCUGAAGUGAGGACAAUGAACCGCAGCCGCCAGGUGACGUGCGUGGCCUGGGUCCGCAGCGGCGUGGCCAAAGAGACGCCAGACAAGAGAAGAAGGUGGCAGUGAUGAAGAGGAGACAGGCGAUCCUUCAGAAGGUGGCAUGCAGAGUGCACGUACCCAGGCACGGCCACGGGAGCCCCUGGAGGAUGGUGACCCGGAGGAUGACAGGACGCUGGAUGACGACGAGCUGGCAGAGUACGACUUAGAUAAAUAUGAUGAGGAAGGCGACCCAGACACUGAAACUCUUGGCGAAUCUCUCUUGGGUCUUACAGUCUAUGGGAGUAAUGAUCAAGAUCCUUAUGUUACUCUGAAAGAUACGGAGCAAUAUGAGCGUGACGAUUUCUUGAUUAAACCCACUGACAAUCUCAUAGUUUGUGGUAGAGCUGAACAGGACCAGUGCAAUUUAGAGGUGCAUGUUUAUAACCAAGAAGAAGAUUCUUUUUAUGUGCAUCAUGAUAUACUGCUGUCUGCGUACCCUCUGAGUGUGGAAUGGCUGAAUUUUGAUCCUAGCCCAGAGGAUUCUACUGGAAAUUACAUUGCUGUGGGAAACAUGACCCCUGUUAUUGAAGUGUGGGACCUUGAUAUAGUGGACUCUUUAGAGCCAGUCUUCACACUUGGAACUAAGCUAUCAAAAAAGAAGAAAAAGAAAGGAAAGAAGAGUUCCGCAGCAGAAGGGCACAACGACGCAGUUCUAGACCUUUCUUGGAAUAAGCUGAUCAGAAACGUGCUAGCAAGUGCAUCAGCUGACAACACCGUCAUUCUGUGGGAUAUGUCCUUGGGGAAACCAGCAGCUAGCCUUGCCGUGCACACAGACAAGGUCCAAACUCUGCAGUUUCAUCCAUUUGAAGCACAGACUCUGAUUUCUGGAUCAUAUGAUAAGUCAGUGGCUUUGUAUGACUGCCGAAGUCCGGAGGAAAGCCAUCGAAUGUGGCGAUUCAGUGGGCAGAUUGAGAGAGUAACUUGGAAUCACUUUUCUCCUUGUCAUUUUUUGGCCAGUACAGAUGAUGGCUUUGUAUAUAAUUUGGAUGCGCGUUCAAAUAAGCCAAUUUUUACACUUAAUGCACACAAUGAUGAAAUCUCUGGUCUUAAUCUAAGCAGUCAAAUCAAGGGUUGUCUUGUGACCGCGUCAGCAGACAAAUAUGUGAAGAUCUGGGACAUAUUAGGAGAUAGGCCAAGUCUAGUCCACUCCAGGGACAUGAAAAUGGGAGUUCUCUUCUGUUCUGCCUGUUGCCCUGAUUUGCCAUUUAUUUAUGCCUUUGGAGGUCAGAAAGAAGGGCUUCGGGUCUGGGAUAUAAGCACAGUCUCUUCAGUAAAUGAAGCAUUUGGAAGACGAGAGAGGCUUGUUCUCGGCAGUACAAGAAAUUCAUCUAUUAGUGGUCCUUUUGGGAGCAGGAGCUCAGACACACCCAUGGAGUCUUAAAGAAGAUCAUACAAUUUCCUGUUUUACUUACCUUAACUCAGAGUUUUAGGAAGCUGGCCUAAAAAUGUUCCGUGUUUAGCUGCAGCCAUGCAGUGACAAAACAAAACUCAUUUCCUACUACCUGACAUUCCUCUCUGCAGCUGUGGUGGCAACACAAACAGGGUUGGUCUUUGUGCUGGCCUUUCGAGCAUGUGGUGUAUAAGGCUCCUGUUGCAGGGCUCCUUGAAAAGGAUAAUAAAAAAGGUCUUUAAAAAAUAAAUUCCUUAAAUAUGCCAUCUGUCAUAGGUAACCUAGGUUUGUAAAAUAGCUAGUAAAUUUUAAAAUUUUAAGAGAGGAAAAUCUUGUUAUUUUAACAGAUGGGUAAACCCAGGCCUGGAAAGGUUGUGAUUUGGCCAAGAUGGCACAGUAGGCGACAGACAGAGGCAGGUACCACAGGGACUGCACUUUCCAAAGGGACUGUUACCCAGUUAACACUCAUGAGUUAGAGGCAUGCUCAGUGCUACUUGGUAACUAAAUUAAAAGUGGCGUGCCUUUUUUUUACUCCUAGUAUGGUAUUCAAUGUUACGAAAGAAAAGAGACAUUACAUAAUGAUAAAAGCAUUAACCCAACAAGAGGAUAUAAUAACGUGCAUAAAUUUUAUGCACCCAACAUAGGAGCACAUAAAUAUAUAAAGUAAAUAUUUACAGACCUAAAAGGAGAAAUAGCAAUACAAUAGGAGGGAACUUGAAUACUCCACUUCCACCAAUGGCCAGAUCCUUCAGACAGAAAAACCAAUAAACAUUGGCCUUAAACAACUCAUUAGACUAGGUGGACUUAAUAGACACAUACAGAACAUUUCAUCCAAAAGAAAAAUACACGUUCUUUUCAAACACACGUGGAAAAUUCUC